CCUUUAAUCAUCUCCUCCAAAAUGGAUUUUAGUCAGAACAAUUUAUUUGGGUACAUAGAAGACCUGCAGGAACUUACUAUUAUAGAAAGGCCGGUGCGCAGGAGUUUAAAGACACCAGAAGAAAUAGAGAGAUUGACAGUUGAUGAAGAACUCAACGAUAUUGAAAGGGCUGUAUAUCUACUCAGUUCUGGUCAAGACAUCCAAGGAACAAGUGUGGUUGCAAAUCUUCCAGUCCUGAUGCAACAGAAUCCUGCAGAGACACUUCGGAGGGUUUUGCCAAAAAUCAGAGAAGUCCUGCAUGUUGCAGGGGUGGAAAUGCAGUUAACAGCUGCUGUUGCAUUUUUGACUAUUCAGCAAGAGGAGUCCGUGUCCAUUCAUACUUAUUCCCACUCCUUCCUACACAUCAUUCUACAGAAUCUGGAACACAGGGAUGCAGGUGUCAGUAAUGCGUGGCUAGAAACUCUUCUUGCUGUAAUAGAAGUCUUGCCAAAAGAAACCAUCAGACAUGAGAUCCUGAACCCACUUGUUUCCAAGGCACAGCUUUCCCAAACACUUCAGUCUCGCUUAGUUAGCUGUAAAAUAUUGGGAAAAUUAGCUAACAAGUUUGAAACUCAUAUCAUUAAAAGGGAAAUUCUUCCACUGGUAAAAUCGCUCUGCCAAGAUGUAGAAUAUGAAGUUCGAUCCUGCAUGUGUCGGCAACUGGAACAUAUAGCUCAAGGAAUAGGGACAGAACUAACAAAAAAUGUAGUGCUUCCUGAAUUAGUAGAACUAGCGAGAGAUGAAGGCAGCAGUGUGCGUCUUGCAGCAUUUGAGACUUUAGUUAAUCUGCUUGAAAUGUUUGAUGCAGAUGACAGAAGUCAAACUGUUCUCCCUUUAGUGAAAUCAUUCUGUGAAAAAUCCUUCAAAGUGGAUGAAUCGAUUCUUGUUUCUUUGUCUUUCCAUUUAGGGAAACUAUGUAAUGGACUAUAUGGAAUUUUUACUCCAGAGCAACACUUGAGAUUUUUGGAAUUUUACAAGAAACUUUGCACACUGGGCUUACAGCAGGAAAAUGGACACAAUGAUAAUCAGAUACAACUUCAAACCCUAGAGCAAGAAAAGAAGUAUAUAUCAGUAAGGAAGAACUGUGCUUACAACUUUCCAGCCAUGAUUGUUUUUGUGGAUCCGAAAAACUUCCAUUUGGAACUAUACUCUACAUUUUUCUGUCUUUGUCAUGACCCUGAAGUGCCAGUCAGAUACACUAUGGCUAUUGGCUUAUAUGAAGUUGCUAAGCUUUUAGAUUCGGGUGUGUAUGUAAUACAUAAAGAACUGGUAACACUACUACAGGAUGAUUCAUUGGAGGUAUUAGAUGCACUGAUAAGUCACCUUCCUGAAAUUCUUGAACUUAUGACUACUGGAGGAGAAAACAGUGGAUCAGAAAGCAAGUUAUUGACUGUCCCUGACUUGAUUCCAGCACUAACGACUGCGGAACAGAGAGCAGCAACUUCUUUAAAAUGGAGAACUCAUGAGAAGUUACUACAAAAAUAUGCAUGCCUGCCUCAUAUCAUAUCAAGUGAUCAGAUUUAUUAUCGUUUUUUGCACAGAAUGUUGACAAUCAUUAUGACAAAUAAUGUUCUCCCUGUCCAAAAAGCAGCUGCUCGAACUCUCUGUGUUUAUUUACGCUAUAAUCGCAAACAAGAACAGAGGCAUGAAGUCAUUCAGAAAUUGAUUGAACAGCUGGGCCAAGGAAAAAGUUACUGGAACAGACUUCGUUUUUUAGACACCUGUGAAUUCAUUAUGGAACUGUUUUCCAAAUCAUUCUUCUGUAAAUACUUCUUUCUACCUGUGCUUGAGCUUACCCAUGAUCCAGUAGCAAAUGUGAGAAUGAAGCUUUGCUAUUUGUUGCCAAAAGUGAAAUCUACCCUGAAGGUUCCCACGGACAAACAUUUACUUCAGCAGUUAGAGUUGUGUAUAAGAAAACUUCUGUGUCAGGAAAAAGAUAAAGAUGUCUUGACUAUUGUAAAACGAACGGUGUUAGAAUUGGACAGAAUGGAAAUCUCUGUGGAUGCUUUUCAGAAAAGGUUUUAUGAAAAUGAUUUGUUGGAUCAAGAGAAAGAAAGAGAAGAACAGCUCCUGUUGGAAAUGGAACAAUUAGAAAAAGAGAAGCAGCAGAAUGAGGGAAGGUCUACCAGUAUCAGUGAUAAAAUAUUCGAAAAGAAGCGUAGAGACAGUAAAACAUCAUCAACUUUGUCAAAAAGUAUAUCUCUUUCUGUUUCUGGAAGCUCUUCAAGUGCAUCAACAAGCAAAGAAGGGAAGAAAUCUAAGUUGGUUCGAAGCCAGUCUUUCAGUACUCAAGCACUGCAUCCAAAAUAUGGCAACAUAGACAAGUGUUCUAAUAAAAGUUCUGCAACAGGAUAUACUUCUUCUAUACCAGGAGUGGGAAAGGGUUCUAUGCUACCAUUUAGUGAUGAUUCAUUCCGGACUCGUUCCACCAAUAUUAGUGGGAAUGCUGUCUUUUCUUCCACUGCCCCCCUAGCAACUUCCUCCCGUAAUACAGCUAACUCAGUUGACCAAAAGAACAAUGGGACUAAAGACAGUCAUUCACGAAAGAUGAGCUUAAAAAACAGAAAAUCAAACUCUUAG